UCUGAUUUUUAAAGAGUUUUUCACCUUUCCCCAAUCAACGACAAACGAAUGGAAGGGGCAGAAGGGCAGAGCUCUACACCGCCACGAGGGGUUCCACCGUCGCUGCCGGGGCCACGCGCCGUUAGAUACUCGCUGCCACCGGCCCGAUUGUUCAACGAGGACAUACUGUUCUGCAUCGACGCAGGCCCAGAAACAAUGGUGGAGAUGAAGGUGGCUGCGGGACCUAAUGGUCGACCCUUCACGAGACUGGAGUCCAUAAAGCAGGCCAUACUUCUAUUUAUUAACGCUAAGCUCACUAUUAACCCAGAUCACCGCUUCGCCUUUGCCGCUCUGACAAAAACGUUUUCAUGGCUACGGAAAGAGUUCAGCAGUGAAGUUGACUCUGCAACUGCUGCAUUGAGGGGAAUAUCUGUAGAUUCAUCUGCUAGUCAUGCAGAUCUCACUCAACUAUUCCGAGUAGCAGCUCAUGAGGCUAAAAAAUCUCGUGCACAAAGUCGGAUCUUCCGGGUGAUCUUACUCUACUGUAGAUCAUCGGUAUCGCCUCAAUAUCAGCUCCCAGCAUCUCAGAAACUCUUCACAUUUGAUGCUGUUUAUCUUCAUGACAAGCCAGGACCUGAUAACUGUCCUCAGAAAGUAUAUGAUACCCUUGUGGAGGCCCUCGAACAAGUUAGUGAAUACGAGGGCUACAUAUUUGAGAGUGGUCAAGGAUUAACCCGUGUUCUUUUUCGUAACAUGUGCCAGCUGUUAUCCCAUCCUCAGCAGCGCUGCGUGCAGGAUGACUUUGACGUACCCAAGUCUCUGGUGAAGAAGCCUCCUCCAGCGGAAUCAGCACCCACAGAGGAAAAUACUGUUAUAUCAAUUCAAUGAAGCGUCAAGUUCUUAAUUCAGCGCCUGUGUUUUGGAUAUGAAAAUAUGCUUCUAGGUUUCUGUAAAACACAUGUUAUUAUAUACAGUCUGUAACCUUUUGAAUCAAGUUUGUGUAAUGAUGCUGUUAAUCGAUGUCGUGAAAUUCUGAAUUUGAAUUUUUA